UGCCAUGCGUCUUUGUGCCAGGCCGCAGGCGUCGUACCCUAGAACCGUAGGACGUCGGGAACGAAACUACCAGCAUGUCUGUCUCGGACGUCAAGCAAGAUUUUGGGCCAGAAAUAUCAAUGUCACGUCUACCAGAUGAACCCAAAUCUCUUCCGUCCAAGUACUUCCUGGGGCAUACCGACCCAUUAACAUGUGUAGCUCUUUUUCCAGACAGCAAAAUGAUCAUUACUGGGUCCUAUGACCGUAGGAUUCGCCUUUGGGAUGUAGGAAGUGGUCAAGCAAUAGGAGAACCCCUUCGAGGACACAAGGUUUCAGUCAAUGUGAUUGCCGUUUCGCCCAAUGGGACGAUGUUCGUGAGCGGAGGCGGGGACGGCAGAAUUUUAAUAUGGAACGCAACGACGCGUAAUUUGGCAACAGCGCCCAUUCAAGCACACUCGAACAGGAUCAACUCCAUUUCCUUCUCUCCCGACAGUGCUACCAUCGCCUCCAUAGCAGGCACAAUAAUCAAGAUAUGGGAUGUGGGCACCGCGAAGCUGAUCAUGGAUAUCAAGUCCACGACCUCCGAACGCCAAGUUGCGUUCUCUCCUGAAGGUAGCAGAAUUGCUUCUGUAUCCCACCUAGCUCCAGAUCAGCAAAUGUUGCGAAUUUGGGAUGUGAAGACGGGAAAACCAGCAGCAGUCAACCCUAUCGCUGGGCAUACGGGUGGGCUGUUGUCUGUGGCAUGGUUCCCCAAUGGACAGCGUCUGGUCACUGCAUCGCUCGAUAGAACGAUCCGUGUCUGGAUCUCGGAGACUGGUCGUCAAGAAGGACAUUCACUUGGUGGCGAUGCGGCCUGGAUGGCUGACUACGUCGCUGUCUCUUCUGACGGGAAGCUCAUUGCUGCUCUUUGCGGAGAUCAAUCUAUACGACUCUGGAAUGCUAUUACCCUUGAUCAGAAACUCGUGCUCCAGCAUGCUGAACCGGUGCUCUGCAUGGCUAUUUCAGCUGAUAUCCGUUUUAUCGUUGGUGGCUGUGGCGACAAGAAAUUGUGUCUAUGGAACAUCGAAAACAUUACGCAGGAUGAGCACAACUCAAGACCAUUGUCGACCCUUGGGCCGGAGAAGCAAGAAGACUCGGCACCCGACUCAUCACUCCCGGAUCAGUCUCCAAUGAACCUCAUGUACCCAGAGGUACAGAGUGGCCCUGAACAAACUGUGUCGCAGGCCGUAAUCACAUCCCAUGGACCACUCCCUCUGGAGCCUCCUACGACAGCCAAGGAAGAUACAGAUCCUGUAGCUUCUCCCGCGGAGCACAGCCAUUUCCGAAAGUGGUGGAGACAGGCCUUCAAUUUCUGGAAUGCUGGAAAGCAUUUGUCGUCUCAACAGAGAAUUGCUGAAAUCGAGCCGCGCUCCGACGAGAUAGAAAAUGUAAUUACGAACCAAGGCCAAAGUCCUGCUCAGGAUAUCCUGGACGAGUUCAAUCGCUAUGUCAUGAACGAAAUUCCAAUUCAUCUGAUCUAUCUUCCGACAAUGGAACUCGUCGGACGGAACUUCGUGAAGAAUCAUUUCCAGGAUCGCAUCAAGGAGAUUACUGAAGAUUUGGUAGUCGAAGCUCAGGCACGCUUCGUGCCGCCGUUGACGAGAGAAAAAGUCGUCCCGACUCUUGUCCGGCGCAAAGUCGAAUAUGGUAUUCUCUCCCAUCGGUGGCUAGAUUCAGGAGAACCUUCAUACCAAGAUAUGAUGGAGAGGAAGCUGUCUGGCAGCUCGGGCCCUUCGAAUGUCGGAUAUUUGUUGUCCAACAUAACGUCUCGGCCGAAGGACGGUCGUCAUACAUUGCACACCUCGCACAGUGAGAACAAAGUGCAGAGCCCUGGCUACAAGAAAUUGCAAAAGUGUUGCGAAGAGGCCAGACGUCUUGACCUACACUUUCUGUGGUCAGAUACAUGCUGCAUUGACAAGAAUAGCAGUGCGGAGCUUGACGAGUCGAUCCGGUCAAUGUUUCGGUGGUACCGGAAUUCGUCCAUCUGCAUCGCGUAUCUCGGGGGGACAACUGUCAUUGAAGACUUGAGAUUGGAAGAGUGGUUUAUGAGAGGAUGGACUUUACAAGAACUUCUCGCGCCCAGGAAGAUAAAAUUCUUCAACAAGGAUUGGCAGCGACUGACCGAUCAAGACGACGACAAGGAAGAGGAUACCCCUCUCAUGACGGUCCUGCAAGAAGUUACUGGAAUUCCUGAAACAGAACUCAUCGAUUUCGAACCCACUCCUCACUAUAUUGAUAAGCGGAUGACCUGGGCUGCGCAACGAAUAACUACGCGGGCAGAAGACGUUGCUUAUUCGCUCAUGGGAAUGUUUGACGUCAGCCUGCAAAUCGCAUACGGAGAAGGUGGAGAGCGCGCAUUUGGGAGGCUCAUUGAAGCCAUCAUGCAAGCUGGCGGAUAUUCAUCGGUGCUCAACUGGGCAGGAGAGCCGGCCAAACAUCAUGCAUCAUUUGCUCUUCCCGCAUCGCCAUUGAGCUAUGUGGGACAUCCCGACAUUGUCUCGAUAGGUCGACUUGACAUGAUGUUGACCAGCAGGGGAUUGCGUAUUCCGUUGGUCAUUGUACCACUUGAGAUGGCUAAACCCGAAUUUGAUGGCCACCCCAUCAUAAAUCCCAAAUUUUACUGCACACACCAUGGGAUUGGCGAGGUCAAGAUCGACACCAGAGGUUACAGGUUCAAAGCAAUGUUCAGAGAGUAUGCACUAGGCAUAUUCCACUAUAUCCCUGCAGAGGACUCGCAAAACCCAGGUCUUCCUAAACAAGUGGCAGCUUAUCUCCUGGAAAGAAGUGAGGUGAAUCCACAGGAAGAUAUACCGGUUGGACUGUCACGACAGUAUCGCUCUUUCGAGGAUGGGUGGAGAAGGGUACCCACCGGAUUCAUUUAUGUGGAACUUCCCGGUGUACCUGAUUUUGCUUCUUUGUGGUACAUUGAUCGCACCUGUCUGGAAACCGUUUACUUGUAGGAACUUUUUCGACCAUGCGAGCAUUAUAUAUAACUUGAACUUAGCUGUAUGUACGUGGUACUGUUCUGUGCCUGAACCCCUUUCAAGUCGCGAUAAACUCGGACUUUCAUAAUUACUACCUAUUUCAUGCUGUGUUGGCAGGCUGUCUUGCACUGCAGUGUUGGGGUACGCCGUAGGGUCGACCCGACUCGACCGUUCUCUAAACUCCCGAAUAGGAACUUUUAGAAGAAAGCUUGACCC